GUCGCAAGAACCCCUCAAACGACACGGCAACUCGCUCGUUAGACUACCUGGAGCUGUUGCAGAGAGUGAUGUUGCCCCGGCUCCCAUGCCCCUCCCCUGCCGCUGCGACACCAUGACUUCGGCUGCAGCGACCUCCUCCUUCAGCCCGGGCUUUCAUCAUCAGCCACGGCCGGGCCGCCGUCUACCACCGAUACACGGACGGCAGCCGGCGGGAUGGGCCGUGCUCCUGGCCGUCUUCGUCUGUCUCAUCUCACAUGCGGUGGCAGCCGCCGCACAUCCUCAGGCUCCCGUCGAGACCCUCAUCAUCGACCGCAGAUCUCCGGUUUGGGAUGGAGAACGAUGGCUCAUGCUGUCGGAGCAUGAGCUUGAAAGGCCGAGGAUGCAUGGGCGGGCUGCGACGGAGUCUUCGACCUCUUCGGCCUCUUCGGAGUCUUCCACGACCUCGGCACCCGCCUCCGUGACUACUACCUUCUCCAUCGCCGUGGGUUCCCCCCAAACGACCAGCUCGAGCACGACUGUCUCCGCGAGUCCCCUGCCCAGCAUUCUCGACAGCAUGCCAGCCAACUUCGCCCCGGGACCGAACGGCGCGCCCGCACCAUGCCCGAUCUUCAUCAAGUCGUUCCUCAGCGACCCGACCUUCAAGCAGUGCUACCCACUGUCGAUGCUCUUUGACUCAAAAUCUUUCUUCGAAGCGCAGAAAUCGCUCGUCGGCAUCACGCGGACUCUGGACGCAACCUGCGCGGCCAAUGCAACAUUCUGCAGCCAGUACCUGGCCCAACUCGCCCAGAAGCUGAUCGAAGAUGACAACUGCGGCGCCGAUUACAAGUCGGGCCAGGCCACGGUCGUCGACGCCUAUAACGAGAUGAUGGCCUACGCGCCCGUCUACAGCGCCGGCUGUCUCAAGGACCCGAACACGGGCGCCUACUGCUACGCCAACGCCGUCACCAACCAGACCAACCCCAGCUCGGCCUACUUCUACUUCCUCCCGCUCAACCAGUCUCUGCCCGGAACCACCGUCCCGGCCUGCAACGACUGCCUGAAGCAGACCAUGGCCAUCUACCAGGCCGCCACCGCCGACCGCCGCCAGCUGAUCGUCAACACGUAUGUCGCGGCCGCGAAGCAGGUCAACACCGUCUGCGGACCGGGCUUUGUCAACGAGUCGCUCGCCGCAGAGGUCAUCCCCUCGGCAGCCGUUCUGAGCCGGCCGUCUACGUGGCUCGCGGCGGCGCUGCCAUUGCUAGUGGUUACGCUGUGGCUUGUCUAGCCACGGUCAUCGAAUACAGUCACGAAAUCUUGCUCCGAUCUUCCCGAAUGAGCGCGGCUGUCACUGCCAGUUCCGGGCUCUUACAGUGGGAUCCGCCAUCUACGACUGGAUCGAACAUCCCACUCCCUACUCUACUUUUCAGUUUCAACUUCAGCGAU